AGUGCGCGUGCGCGGCAUCCGGGCCCUAGCGGGCGGGGCGAGGCGGUAGCUGAGGGUUGGCGGGGAGUGCGGACGUGGCAGGCGACGGGCGGCGGGCUCGGCGGCCGGAAGCGGGCCCGGCAGCGGCACCGGCGGUGAGAUUAGUUUGGGGAUGUGAAUACAAUGAGUGUAAACCAGCAAACUCACACAGGGCCUCCUUACGGGCAACCUCAGCCUGGAUAUCAGGGAUACCAGCAGCCUGCCUACGGAGGACAGCCAUUGCCAGGGGUUCCUCACUCGCAAUAUGGAGCUUAUAAUGGUCCGAUACCAGGAUACCAACAGCCAGUUCCUCCACAAGGUUCGGUAAGAGCCCCUGCAACCUCUGGAACAUCUCUUUCUUCUGGUCACCUCGGGUACAGUCCAUUUGGACAAGGAGAUGUGCAGAAUGGGAUUCCAGCUUCAACAGCACCAAUGCAGAGGCCGCCUGCUUCUCAGCCGUUUCUGCCAGGCUCAGCACCCGUGCCUGUCAGCCAGACAUCUAUGUUCCAGCAAUAUGGUCCACCUCCAGCCAGUGUACAGCAACUCAGCAAUCACAUGGCAGGGAUGACAAUUGGCAGUACUUCAACCUCUGCUCCUCCCCCAGCUGGACUGGGCUAUGGUCCCCCAACAUCGGUUCCCCCAGUCUCAGGGAGCUUUAGUGCAACAGGAUCUGGUCUCUACACACCUUACACUGCGAGCCAAGGACCCCCUCCUCCCAGUGUGUCUCAGGGUCUUCCUUUGGCACAGCCUCCCUUUUCUGGUCAACCAGUAUCAACUCAGCGCCUACCUACUCAAGUCCCUGGUUUUGCUCCACCUCCGUCUUCUACAGGGAUUGGACCUUCCUCUUAUCCUCCUACCACAGGUGCCCCAAGGCCACCUACCAUGCCAGGCCCGCCGCUGCCUGUGCAGACAGCUGCUGGACCGCCAACAUCACAGCCUCAUCAUGUAUCCUCACCACCACCGCCUCCAUCAACUUUGUCAGGGCCUCACCCAGGGCCUCCCAUGAGUGGCCUCCGUGGACCACCUCCUCCCACUCAUCCUCCUCAGCCAGGUUACCAAAUGCAGCAGAACGGUUCCUUUGAACAGGUGAGGGGCCCCCAACCAAACUAUGGAGGAGCUUAUCCAGGAACACCAAAUUAUGGAAGUCAGCCUGGACCACCACCUCCACCAAAGCGCUUGGAUCCAGAUUCCAUUCCUAGCCCUCAACUUAAUGAGCUGCCACCCCAGCAGAAACCCAGGCACAGAAUAGACCCAGAUGCAAUUCCUAGUCCAAUUCAAGUGAUUGAAGAUGACAGAAGUAACCGUGGAUCAGAACCAUUUGUCACUGGAGUAAGAGGACAGGUCCCACCGCUCGUUACUACCAAUUUCUUGGUCAAGGAUCAAGGUAACGCAAGCCCCCGCUAUAUAAGAUGUACAUCGUACAAUAUUCCCUGCACAUCAGAUAUGGCCAAACAGUCCCAAGUUCCUCUAGCUGCUGUCAUAAAACCACUGGCUACCCUACCCCCAGAUGAGACCCUUCCUUAUUUAGUAGAUCAUGGAGAAUCUGGUCCUGUCCGAUGUAAUAGGUGCAAGGCCUACAUGUGCCCUUUUAUGCAGUUUAUUGAGGGUGGAAGGAGGUUCCAGUGCUGUUUCUGCAGCUGUGUCACUGAGGUGCCAUCUCACUACUUCCAGCAUUUGGAUCACACUGGAAAGCGAGUAGACUUCUAUGAUAGACCUGAGUUAUCAUUGGGGUCCUAUGAGUUUCUGGCAACAGUUGACUACUGCAAGAAUAACAAAUUUCCUAGUCCACCUGCUUUCAUUUUCAUGAUUGAUGUGUCUUACAAUGCUGUGAAGAGUGGCUUAGUGAGGCUAAUAUGUGAAGAAUUGAAGUCACUCCUAGAUUACCUGCCCAGAGAAGGAAACGUGGAAGAAUCAGCCAUUCGAGUAGGCUUUGUCACUUACAACAAGGUAUUACACUUCUAUAACGUGAAGAGCUCAUUGGCGCAGCCACAAAUGAUGGUUGUCUCAGAUGUGGCAGACAUGUUUGUGCCACUCCUUGAUGGUUUCCUGGUGAAUGUGAACGAGUCCAGGACAGUUAUUAUCAGUUUGCUGGACCAGAUUCCAGAAAUGUUUGCAGACACCAGAGAAACAGAAACUGUUUUUGGACCUGUGAUUCAAGCAGGACUGGAAGCGCUGAAGGCAGCUGAGUGUGCUGGCAAGCUCUUCAUUUUCCAUACCUCUCUGCCCAUUGCAGAGGCCCCAGGGAAGUUAAAGAACAGGGACGAUAAGAAACUGAUCAACACAGAUAAGGAGAAGACUUUGUUUCAACCUCAGACAAGCUUCUACAACAACUUGGCUAAGGACUGUGUGGCCCAGGGCUGCUGUGUGGAUCUGUUCCUAUUUCCAAACCAGUAUUUGGAUGUGGCAACGCUAGGCAUAGUAACUUACCAGACAGGAGGCUCCAUUUAUAAGUAUGCAUAUUUCCAGCUGGAGACAGACCAGGAUAGGUUCCUGAAUGACUUGAGAAGAGAUGUCCAGAAAGAAGUGGGAUUUGAUGCUGUGAUGAGAGUACGCACAAGCACAGGCAUUCGAGCAACUGACUUUUUUGGAGCUUUCUAUAUGAGCAACACAACUGACGUAGAGAUGGCAGGUUUGGACUGUGAUAAAACCAUCACAGUGGAAUUCAAGCAUGAUGACAAACUGAGUGAAGACAGUGGUGCACUCCUUCAGUGUGCUCUGCUAUAUACAAGUUGUGCUGGACAGCGACGACUCCGCAUUCACAACCUCUCGCUAAACUGCUGCACGCAGCUUGCUGACCUCUAUCGAAACUGUGAGACGGACACACUCAUCAAUUACUUGGCUAAAUACGCAUAUCGUGGAGUUCUGAACAGCCCAGUAAAGACUGUCCGAGAUGCACUGAUUAACCAGUGUGCCCAGAUUCUAGCUUGCUAUCGAAAGAACUGUGCUAGUCCAUCUUCUGCUGGCCAGCUGAUCCUCCCUGAAUGCAUGAAGCUGCUUCCUGUGUACUUGAAUUGUGUGUUGAAGAGUGAUGUCCUUCAGCCUGGUCCAGAGGUCACGACAGAUGACCGUGCCUAUAUUCGCCAGUUAGUCACAUCCAUGGAUGUGGCAGAAACAAACGUUUUCUUUUACCCCAGGCUUUUGCCCCUGACCAAAGCAGAUGUUGACAGUGACUCCUUACCAGCAGCAAUCCGCAACUCAGAGGAACGUCUCUCCAAGGGUGACAUAUACCUGCUUGAGAAUGGGCUGAACAUCUUUGUGUGGGUGGGAGUGAACGUGCAGCAAGGCCUAAUCCAGAACCUCUUCGGAGUGUCAUCCUUCAGUCAGAUUAGCAGCGCUUUGAAUACCCUGCCUGUCUUGGAAAAUCCCUUUUCAAAGAAAGUACGAUCUAUUAUUGACAUGCUUCAAGUGCAAAGAUCCCGCUACAUGAAGUUAAUAAUUGUGAAGCAAGAAGAUAAGCUGGAAAUGCUCUUCAAACAGUUUUUGGUGGAGGAUAAGAGCCUGACUGGGGGAGCUUCAUAUGUGGACUUCCUGUGUCACAUGCACAAGGAGAUUCGGCAGCUACUGAGCUAGAGGAGGGAGUGGUGCUGGAACUCAGCAGUGACAUUUCAGCCUCCACUAAUGACGUGAUCAGAAGGCCCAGUGCCCUUAAAAAGGACAACGUAGAAAUCUGUACAAUUCCAUAGUUUUUAAUACACAUUGCGUAAGCAGAAAUCCGUUCAACCUCUCCCAGUCCCAUAUGAGGGAGAAUUUUUUUUUUCCUGGUGAGGGCUAAAAAACAAACAAACAAACAAAAAGGCCUUUGAUACCAGGUCUUUUACUUGUAUCUAAAUUGUUUCCUGUGCUUGGCAGGAGUUCACCCCCCCCCCCAUGCUCGCUAAUCCUGUUGUAAUGAAUGUAGUUUUUUUUCAGUUCACUGUACAUGAUUCAACAUUGGGUGAAAAAGUGAUAACUCUUCAAAAUUUCUGGUAGUUGCUGUGUGUUUGUAUGGGCGCGUGUGCAUGCUCUAAGUGUGAAGAGGGUGCCCAGGUUGGGAGGACAAGAGGCACGUCAGGUCAUGGUAGAUAAAGCAGUCAAACAUUUUGCCUCUUUCUCUUUUUAGAGGGAAACGUGACAUUGCAGAGCACAAAUGUAUCGUGGCUGUCUGAACCAGAAAUCCUUGAAAAAAGAAAUAAGUGGUAAGCCAGGAGGCAGGAGGGCAAAUUUCUUUCCACAAUCUUACCUGUACUAUAAGUUUCUGAGCAGAUCUGUACUGGAGGAAUUAAUAGUUCAGUGAACAACAAUAACUAGCUUCUGAACAGCAUAGGGGUAGAGUCAGAGCUUCCUGUUGGUGUGAGUGGUGACUCCUUUCCUUCUCAUUGCACAGCUCCGUGAUGUCCUACUUGAUGCAUGUUCCAUGGCCUCUCUUCUUCUGCAGAGCUUACUUGUCUAUCCAGAUGGUGAUGGGAACAAAAGCCUCUUAAGCUUAAGCAGAAAAUACUUCUAAACAAGGUGAUGUGUGGGAACUGGAUGAAAAGGAAGUGGCCAUUUUCAACCACACUAUUCUGAAUCGUAGCAAACAAGCAGGAAUAUGAGUUUUACUGAUGCAAAUUUGAGCAUGCUUUGGACCCUGUAUUACAAGGAAGGGGAUACAAAAACAGCUUUAGACUGCACUGUAUUAAGUAUUGCAAGUACCUGAUUUCAGUUACUGGACAGGAUUGGGGCCGUAGUGAAGAGUUUCAUCACUGGAUGUUUAUGCCCUCCCCUAUUCAGCCUAGCGAUCAGCUUGCACAAAACCUUUUUAUAAGCCUGUUUGUUAAACUGAAAUACCUCAGAUUAGUCCAUCCAUUUUGGCCACUCUAUCACUCCAUUCUGCAAGGGUGAAUGAGUAGACUCCUAUAAAAAGGGAGCAAGUGUAAAUCAAAUUCAGAAUCCUAAGGGCUUUGAUUAUUCGCUUUUGAAAGGGGGCUUGUAUAUUUUAGCUUGAACACUUAACGAGUGUUCCUAAAAUACCCAGGAGUUUGAGCCACCAAUAGUACUAAAAGUGUGGGUGGAUUAAAGGAGAUACGACCUGGGCUUGACAUCUCAAGGGAGAGCCCUUGUUUAGAUCAGAAAAAUACUUGACUGUGGUUUUAGUUCCAUAUACUGUAGCAUGUAUAUAAAUCCAUUUUUCUUCUAAUGCUGCUAGUUUGUCUUCCCUCCCAUCACUACAGAGAAAGGGGAGUAUGAAAAUUGUAAUGGAGAAACUUUCACAAUGACAGAACCUUCCUCAUUUUUGUAUGAGUGUGGCUGACUUUUUACUCCAUGUAUUGCCUCCAGCACAAAAUCUAGAGGAUUUUUAACCAGGGGUGGGGGGGAACAACUUCCCAGGAAUAUAAGGCUCAACAACCACAGACUUCCACAAAUACUAAUUUCUAGUAUUAAUAUUGGGGGGUGUGGGGGUGGAAAUGAGAUCAUAAAUGAACCUUUUGUUUUCUUCACUUAUUUUUUCCAAUGCAUCAUUUAAUUUGUAAAGAAAUAAAAAUAUAUUAAGAUGUA